CCAAGAAAGCCCAAAGAAAACUUUUCCAAGAAAAACCUAAACAGCCCAAAAACACAGAAGAGCAUUCGAACGGAAAAUCCAACGUAUAGAUUUAUGGCCAAAGGAACGAUGCCAGUAGAUUCUAAAUUAUCCAAGGACAAGCUGGGCCAAGACUGUCUUGUUCUUGCCUAAUCAUAAACUUAUAUCUCACAGUAAUUUUCAAAUCCUUGGUGUUAACGACCUUUCGAAAUUGGUCGUUAGUCGCAAAGGGAAUUUCUUGUGUACCAAAGCACAAAACAACCACCAAGCUGGCUCAUAAGCAGCCUAUAUAUAUCAACCCACUUUCAUUCAUAAUCUCCUAAUCUCACAUACCACAGUUUUCUAGCCAUGGCUGAUCAAACCCGAGCUGUCUUCUCAGCUCUAGACAAUGCCAAGACUCAACUCUACCAUUUCAAGGCGAUUGUCAUUGCCGGGAUGGGUUUUUUCACUGACGCCUACGAUCUCUUUUGCAUCAGUGCAGUGACUAAACUGAUAGGCCGGCUAUACUACUAUGACCCUAAAAGUCCAGGCCCCGGAACUCUCCCACCACAUGUCACCGAUGCCAUAACUGGAGUCGCUUUGUGUGGGACCCUGGCAGGGCAACUCUUCUUUGGCUGGCUCGGGGACAAACUUGGGAGGAAGAAGGUUUACGGGAUCACUCUUGUCACCAUGGUAGGAUGUGCAAUGGCUUCGGGCCUUUCCUUUGGCUCCACUGCUCAAAGCGUGGUCACUAGCCUAUGCUUCUUCCGGUUCUGGCUAGGGUUUGGCAUUGGAGGUGACUAUCCACUCUCUGCCGUGAUUAUGUCAGAAUACGCCAACCAAAAAACCCGAGGAGCAUUUAUUGCAGCAGUGUUUGCGAUGCAAGGAAUGGGGAUUCUGGUGGCAGGGUUGGUGUCUAUGAUUGUUUCCAAGGCCUUCAUGAGUGCUUUUCCUGCUCCUCAGUUUGGUGCCAACCCUCCUGACAGCCAUGUGCUAUCAACUCAGCUACAGGGCGAUUUUGUCUGGCGAAUUGUGCUAAUGUUCGGUGCAGUUCCAGCCGCUCUCACCUACUAUUGGCGAUUGCAAAUGCCGGAAACUGCUAGGUACACCGCCUUAGUCGAAGGCAACCACUCCAAGGCGGCUUUGGAUAUGGCAAAAGUCCUCGAAACGGACAUGACUGUCGCAGUACCGAAGUCAAGGUGUCUGGUUAGCUCCAAGUCUAACUACGGCCUCUUCUCCAACGAGUUUAUGAAACGACAUGGGAUGCACCUUCUCGGGACUACUAGCACAUGGUUCUUGCUCGACAUUGCCUUCUAUAGUCUACAACUGACUCAAAAAGACAUUUACCCGGCAAUAGGGCUUGUACCAAAGGCCUCGAAAAUGAAUGCAAUAGAAGAGGUGUUCUUGCUCUCAAAAGCGAUGUUCUUAGUUGCACUGGUUGCAACAGUGCCCGGGUACUGGUUUACUGUCUUCCUCAUCGAUAGAAUUGGCCGGUUCAUAAUCCAGCUUGGUGGAUUCCUAUUCAUGUCCAUUUUCAUGGCGAUAUUGGGAAUUAAAUAUGAAGAAUUUAGAGGUUACAAGUGUACAACAGACCCAAAGAAAGAUUACUGUGGAGGUAAGCCGAUACUAUUUGCAGUGUUCUACGGGCUGACCUUCUUCUUCACGAAUUUUGGACCAAACAGCACGACUUUUAUAGUUCCGGCCGAGCUUUUUCCGGCGAGGUUCCGGUCAACUUGUCACGGGAUUUCGGCAGCGGCCGGAAAAGCUGGAGCAAUCAUCGGUGCGUUCGUGGUGCAGCAGCAUACUCAAAAGGUAAGCGGUAUCAGGCGGGCUAUUAUAGCACUUGCUGUGGUGAAUUUGCUUGGAUUCUUCUUCUCUUUCUUGGUGCCGGAGACGAUGGGCAGGUCACUCGAGGAAAUCUCUGGAGAAGACAGGUAUCUUGGUGGUGGUGGUGGUGCAACUGAAGCUAAUGGACAUGAUGGAGAGGAGAAGGCAGAGAACAAGGAUAUUAAGAACGCUUCAAAUGCUGUUAUGGUUUAGUUCGAACGCUUCAAAUGCUGUCAUGGUUUAGUUCUACAGUAUUCAUACUCGUAAGGGAUUGCAAAUAAAAGAUAUAAAGUAACAAUCUCUAUGGAAAUAAGUACUUCAAUGGAUGUGAUUUGUGUUCCCAUUUCAAAUUUCUGUCUGAGGGAAUUCCUCAUUUUCAUACUGAAAUUGAGACAUUUCUUUCCUAAUAUAUAAAUAAAAAGAUAUACUAAAAUUCUAAGAGAUAGACAGCAAUUCACAAUCUCAAAAUAUUCAAUACAUUUCACCACCAAAGGCAAGAUUUGAGAAGCAGAAAACUCACGUCAAUGAAACAGAACCUGUGUCCAAGUAAAGAUCGUGUUCUGCAACACAAGCACAGCGGGGAGUAUUUAAAAUGGAAUCAUAUGUAGACAAAUUGUUGGUAGGUGAACCCAUUAUGCCUUGUAAUAGGCUUUCCUUGCACGGUCGAGUCCUACAAACUCGUAUUCAUUUCCCAAACAAUUGUAAGGAGAAAAAUGUAUGACUAGGCUUUGUGGACCUUGUGAACAAUCUGCAGCUUUAUAAUUUGUGAGACCCCCUCACAAAAAAUAAAAUAAAAAAAGAGAGGAAACACACUGAAACAGACAUAGAAGAAUAAGAAUAAACUAUCAUAAGAUUAUAGUAAACUAUUGACCAGCGUUGGUCCCACCCAAAAUAAAGGGUUUUGGGAGGGGUAAAUAGGAUAUAGACCUAACAUUUCGCAUAGUAUGUUCGUAAGCUAACAGUAAGGUACAGACAACAAAAGAUACUGAUUUGUUAAUAUUUGAGAUACAACUCCGUGAUUCAAAUGGUUUCUUGAUUGUAGAGAAAUCAAUCAGUAUACAUCCUUUAUCCACUGUGUGGAAUAUAUAGAAACUUAAGCUGAAUUGACCAACCCCUCAUAAUGUUCAGUUAGGCUAAAAAAAAA